UUUUCUUUUAAUUUGUAUGCAAAUCUCAUGUUUCUCUACAGUACAUAUUAAAGUAAAUUAAUUUAAUGAUGUAAUUUCCUCUUCGCGAAAAUCAUGCUAUUAGAUCGAUCUUGUACUUUCCCAAAUCUGAAAACCCAUCAAGACCGAUAACUAAAAUGUCAAAUUAUCUUGUUGAGUUCUCUAAAUACGGACCCUCUUCUGUCCUACAAUAUAUUCAACGCGAAAUCCCUAAAGUCAGCGGUGACAAGUUGUUAGUGAAAAAUGCAUACGCGGGUUUAAACUACAUUGAUAACUAUUGCAGAAGCGGAUUGUAUCCAGUUCCUUUGCCUUUUGUUUCCGGUAAGGAAGGAUCAGGUAUUGUUACCGAAGUUGGAUCUAGUUGCAGCAAGAAGUUUAAGGCUGGAGAUCGUGUUGUAUACUUGACGAUGUCUGGCUCUUACUCUCAAUACAACCUUGUUUCUCCUGUAUUAACUGCCAAAGUACCAGAGGGAAUUUCUCUCAAGGUUGCUGCUGCCUCUUUACUUCAAGGAUUGACCGUACUUACACUCAUUGAAGAGGCCUAUCCCGUUCGAAGUGGAGAUUAUGUUAUUGUACACGCUGCUGCAGGAGGAGUAGGCUUAAUUUUAUGUCAAAUGUUGAAGCGUAGAGGUGUGCAUGUAAUUGCAACUGCUUCAACUCCCGAAAAACGAAAGCUUGCCCUUCAGAAUGGAGCAGAGAUUGCCUGUACAUAUGAAGAAUUUGUUGAUGUUUCUCGCCAAAAAACUGAUGGUAAAGGUGUGCAUGCUUCUUAUGAUUCCGUAGGCAAAGAUACCUUUGAAAAAUCCAUGGAUGCACUUCGUAAUGGCGGUACCUACGUAAAUUUUGGUAAUUCAAGCGGUAAGAUUGAUUUUUUACCUUUUAACUUGAUUACUUCUAAAUGCAUCAAAGUUGUUCGUCCUACCCUCUUUGGAUACUUAGACUCCGAAGAAGUAUUUGACCGUUAUACAAGCAAACUUUGGAAAGAAAUUCUAGAAAACAAACUGAACAUUGCUAUUCAUCAUACUUGGAAGUUAGCAGAGGCUAAGGAAGCACACGAUAAGUUCCAAAGCAGAGCCACUACCGGUAAACUUUUGCUUUCUUGUAAUGAAGACUUAACGAAUGCUUAAAUUGGUGGUUCCAGCGUGUGUUAAAACUAAUUACUUUUGCAAAUUGCUGAUACCUUAGAGUCAUCUACAACUUGCUUUGGAUUUGAUUCAGAGCCAUAUAAUGAAAUGCAAAUGCUAAAUGUUCUGUUAUGUUAUGUUUGGACGAUUUACGAUUCAUAGUUUCUAAUGUAAUACAAUGUGGAAAAGAAACACACCACAUACAAAUGGUUGUAUGGUUCAUCAUGAAUCUAUGAAACCAUGUUGUCAAGGAGGCUGUUUAUCCAACCUUACGGAUGAAUUACUUUUAAUUAGAUUUACGUGAAAUCUUUUUCUUAC